UGGUUACGUCUCUGUUAUUUGGAUUCCAAAACAGAGCAUGCAUUGGAGGGAUGAUAUGGUUUCUUCUACAACUCUUCAAAGCAAUGCGUCGCUUUCAGUUUAGAAAAUCCGCGUUACAGAGAGGUUAAGCUACAGCUACUUUCUUCUUCAUAACCCUAAUUUUAGCAAUCACAGAUUGGAUUUGAGGUUCUUGGCGAAGAAGAUGGUGCUCCCUUUCUUGUUUCUGUUCCCCAAAUUUAGUAAAACAAUCGUAAUCAAACCCACUCCCCACUCCCUUUACAGCAACUUACAUUCUUUUCGUUUCUCCUCACCGUAUUCCAAUUCCGUCAGCUCUGUCGACGGCAGUGGGUGCGUUUUCGGGCUAUGGAAACUCCCGUAGCUGAAGAAGAAACCAACGAUUCACAUUCCACUGCCCACACGGUGAUCGCGAUUAGUAGGGAUAAGAACAGUCAAUAUGCGGUUAAAUGGGCUGUGGAACAUCUGCUCAACAGGAAGAACACUGGCGAUUGCAUCCUUAUUCAUGUUCGGGACCAGAGCUUGCAUCCCCGUAGAGGAGGCGGAUACGGUUCCUAAGGAGUGUCGUCCACCGACUGAAGCUGAGUUGCAUCAGUUCUUCCUUCCCUAUCGAGGAUUCUGUGCACGAAAAGGAAUAGUCGCAAAGGAGAUAAUCAUCCAUGACAUUGACGUUCCAAGUGCACUAAUUGACUAUGUCAGUAAACACUCCAUUAGCAAUAUUGUUGUGGGUGCUUCCAGCCGGAAUGCUAUUUUGAGGAAGUUCAAGAAUCCUGAUGUCCCAACGUCCUUACUCAAAUCAACUCCAGAAUCAUGCUCUGUAUAUGUCAUAGCUAGAGGAAAAGUUCAUACUAAGAGAUUGAGAAAGCGACAUAAGUCACAAACUGAUGCAAGAGAAACACGAACCAGAACUCCACAAAUCGGCAGGUCUCUAUCAAAAAUACAAAAAUCAGCAUAUUCUAAUAUCUCAGGACUAUCUGAAGAUAUAAACAGGGAUAGUUCUGGCACCAGUAAUGAUUCAAUGUCAGGCAUUAGUGACUUUUCGGGGCCUCUCAGUUUCAAAUCAAUUGAUACAUCCUUUGAGAACACAGAUUUUUCCUUAACCACCUCCUCAGAGAAUAGUUCGAGGAGCUUUGUUUCCUCUAACACCCCGCCUUCCAUCGAAUCUGAGAUGAGAAAGUUGAGGUUUGAAAUCAAACGGACAAUGGAAAUGUAUGAUUCAGCUUCCAAGGAAGCUGUAAUAGCAAAACAAAAGGCAAAGGAACUCCAACAGUUGAAGAUGGAAAUGGAAGAAGACAGAAAAAAUGAGCACAGUAAAUCUGCAGAAGAGACUCUAACAGCAUUGGCAGAGUUUGAGAAGCAGAAGAACAAGGCUGCGACAGAAGCAGCUCUAAUGGCACAGAAGUUGGCUGAACUAGAGACCCAGAAACAACGAAUUAUUACUGAAGAAAAAGCUAGGAUUGAGGCAGAGGAGAGGAAGAAAACAAUGGAGUUAUUUGAACACAGUAAUAUCUGCUAUAGACGCUACAGCAUUGACGAGAUUGAAGCUGCAACAGAUCAUUUUAAUGAGUCAAACAAGAUUGGUGAGGGUGGCUAUGGACCUGUUUACCAAGGCUCACUUGAUCAUACUUCCGUUGCCAUUAAGAUCUUGCGACCAGAUAGAUCUCAUGGGCAGAGACAAUUCCAGCAAGAGAUUGAGGUUCUAAGCCGCAUGAGGCAUCCACACAUGGUUCUCCUCUUAGGUGCAUGCCCAGAAUACGGUUGCCUUGUUUAUGAAUUUAUGGAAAACGGGAGUUUGGAAGACCGUCUCUUCCAAAAAGAUAACACUCCUCCAAUCCCCUGGAGAACCCGUUUCAAGAUAGCUUCUGACAUUGCCACUGCCCUACUCUUCCUUCAUCAAAUGAAGCCAGAACCUGUAGUGCAUCGUGAUCUCAAGCCAGCCAACAUUCUCUUAGAUCAAAACUACGUGAGCAAAAUAGGCGACGUGGGUUUGGCCAGGCUAGUUCCACCAUCAGUUGCCGAUAGUGUCACUCAAUAUCACAUGACUGCUGCAGCUGGAACCUUCUGUUACAUUGAUCCAGAAUAUCAACAAACAGGAAUGUUGGGGGUGAAAUCAGAUAUUUACUCAUUUGGUGUUCUGCUACUUCAGCUCAUCACUGCAAGGUCACCCAUGGGUCUUUCAUAUCAGGUUGAGGAGGCCAUUGAACAUGGCAGAUUCCCACAGAUACUUGAUCCUGCAAUUACAGAUUGGCCUAUUGAAGAUACUCUAGGACUCGCUCAAUUAGCCCUGAAGUGCUGUGAGCUAAGGAAAAGAGAUAGGCCUGACCUCCGUUCAGUUCUAUUGCCAGAACUAGUCAGGUUAAGAAAUCUGGGGUCCGGCGAAAUGCCACCAAAGGGCAAGCUCCCAAAUGUCAACAAACCACAUGAUCAAUGGGCGGCUAACUCGGCUCCAAUUUUGAAGGGAUCAGAAAGUGAGAUCUAUGUGAGAAAAAGAUGGCAGCGAUUGAAAGCGAAUACGAGAUUUUGGAGCCAAAAGGGUAUUGGUUUGAAUACCGUUUCUCCACAGAUAAAGAAAAAGUGGAGCUGGAGCAACAGUGAUGCAAAUGUCUUAAAUAUGCCAUUACCAAUGAGUGGAAAACGAGUUGAUGUAAUGUCAAAGAAGCAGCAGCAAAGCAGCUCUGAACGCUGUUGGUCUUUUGCAAGUUGUGCUUCUGCUGCUAGUAUGGGGUUGAAGAAACUACACUCCUUUUCAUAAAAAAGAAAAAAUAAAAAUAAAAAAGAGAGAGAAUUUAUUGUGUAAUUUCAUUGUUUUUAUAUUUCUGUUCUUUCUGACCAAGCACUUAAAUUCACUUGUGAUUGCCUGCAAAUGUGGUGUUUGUUCCCACAUCAACAACCCACUUGCAAGUUGUAAGUUGUAAGUUGUAAGUUGUAUUUCAUUUCAUCACACUUGGGUUAUAUUCUAUUAAUUAAUUAUAAAUCAGUGAACUUUCUGAUUCA